AUGGUCUCCCUCCUCGUCACGGUCUUCAUAAUCCAACUGGUCUGCCACCUCGUCCUCACCAUCGGGUCCAAACCCAUCAACGACCUAUCAUCCACGGACAUACAAGAACAGACGCGCCUGCGCCGCGAGGUCCUGCGGCUGAAACGAGAGAUGAACGCGGUCAGCGCGCAGGACGAGUUUUCCAAGUGGGCCAAGCUGAGGCGGCAGCAUGACAAGGCCAUGGAGCAGCAUGACAAGAAAGCCGCCGCAGUUUCUUCCUCCCGCUCCUCCUUCGACACCAAAGCCACGGCGAUCCGAUGGACGUGCACCAGCGGCCUGCGCCUGGCGCUGCAGUUCUGGCACGCAAAGACGCCCGUCUUCACCUACCCGCGCGGCUGGUUCCCGUGGUAUAUCGAGUGGCUGCUCGGGUUCCCGAGGUGCCCCUACGGAGGCGUGAGCAUCAACGUGUGGAGCACGGCCUGCGCGACCAUCAUCGCGCUGGUCUGGGACGUCCUGGUCUACCUGAUACAGAGCACGCAGCGAGGGCAAACGGGCACGGAAAAAGUAAACGGCAGCAGAAGGAAGGAAGAGGUGCACAUUUGA